AUGAUCGAUACUGGAGCUGCUCAUUCAUUUAUCACUCAAAGUGCAUUGAACACAUUAUAUCAUUCAGCAGUACCAUUAUGUGAUCAUAUAGCUCAAGUAGGUGAUGGUCAAACCAUGCUUAACAUAGUGGGUGAAGUUCAAUUAUUAUUGCAAUUUAAUAAAGUUUUUACGCCUUUAAAUGUUCUCGUCGUCAAAACAAUGAAUACAGAUUUUAUACUUGGCAGUGAUUGGUGUACACAAAAUGCAGCAAGAAUCGAUUAUGAAAAAAAUCAAGUGUCUAUACGUUCAUCAUAUGAUUCAUAUACUGUUCAAGCCAAAGUAGAAUUAUCAUCAGCUGAUACCGUCUACUUCUCGCCUGUUGAUGUUACACAAUCCGACAAACCUAUUGUAAUGUCACCAUCGUUGUUACACAUAGAUAAUUAUACCACAUAUUUAGAAGUAUAUAAUCCUCAUGAUUAUACCUACACAUUACCAAUGAAUACUCUUCUCGGUCGAGUAACACACACACCGUAUCAAAUGCAUUCAUGUUUAUCAUUUGAUAUAUCUCGUGCAUCCUCGUCGUUAUCGUCUCAACAUCAUAUUUUUAAUACAAUUGAACUAGAACAAAAACCUUCUGAAACAUCAAACACAAUUGAUAAAUUAAUUAAUCAUAUUAAAAAUGUCCAAGAGAAGCAACAAUUACGUUUAAUACUGCAACAGCACAUGAACAUUUGUGAUAUUUCGAAAGUUACACAAGCCAACACGCAUAUUCAACACACUAUUAACACCGGUGAUAGCCUUCCGAUUAGUUCAAGACCAUAUCCAAGAACAAUCGAACAAAGACGUGAACUUCAAGAUGAAAUCAAAAAAAUGACACAAACAAAUCAAAUUCGUCCAUCAAACUCACCUUGGUCAUCUCCAGUUAUUAUUCACAAGAAAAAGGAUGGUGGUAUUCGAUUUUUAGUGGAUUGUCGAAAAUUAAACUCGGUCACAAAAAAAUAUUGUUUUCCUCAACCAACAACUGAAGAAUUAUUGCAUCGAUUAGGUGGUCAUCGUUUUUAUACAAAAUUAGAUCUUAAAUCAGGUUAUUUUCAACUUCCAAUACAUGAAACAGACAAAGAAAAAACAGCUUUUAUCACACAAGAUGGUUUAUAG